AUGCAAGGCCGGUGUCGAUAUGGCGACAGGUGUUGGAAUGAGCACCCAAAAGGAGGCGGCGGUAGUGGCGGCAGCUACGUUGGAAAUUACAACAGUCGUCCCCCUCAACAGUCCAACAGAGGCGGAGGUAACGGGUAACUAGUAGCUAGCCUCUGCCCCACAGGCUUUCACCUUCACUUUCGACAACAACGUCGGAGAAGCUUGGGAGCCGAGGCUAACUAGCUGUAGUACUAGCUAGUACUAUUGUUCAUCCGGGUCCCCAGACCCCCAGUCUGUUUCUGUUAGUCAACCCACCAUUGUAAUAAUAAUAUAAUAAUAUGCCAUUUAGCAGACGCUUUUAUCCAAAGUGACUUACAGUCAUGUGCGCAUACAUUUUUACGUCCCGGGGAUCGAGCCCACUACCCUGGCGUUACAAGCGCCAUGCUCUACCAAUUGAGCUACAGAGGACCACUAUUGUAGCUAAUAGCCACAAACUCGACUAUAACAGUUUUACCUUUUAGCCAAGCUAGCUGGCUACUUUUCUUUCUAGUAGUCUCGGCUUGACAUCCGUUACAAAAUGUUACGGCAGUGGGAUAAGAGAGUGGUUAUGAGGAACGCUUGUACUGUACCUGUGAUGGUUUUUGGUUGACUGAUUAUUUGGACCAAUCACGAUUUCGCGGGUGUGCACAGAUGCCAGUCUGUGCACACAGUCUGUCUGGCAUCUUUUGAAUUCAGAUGGACAUAAAUUAAAUAAACAGCAACAGAUGGUAUGGUCUUGGUCCUCUUCAGAAUGUAUGUGUGGGGGGAAGUACUGUUGGUGAUGAAACAUUGGUGAGCACAGACAAUAAUACUGACAACCUGAGCCCAUCCAGUCCCCAGCUCAGGCUCAGGCCGUUACCUUACGACCCCGAACACUCCAGUCAAGACCCAGGGGAAAAAGAUGAGAGGGCAAGAGGGUAUGUCACUUCUUGAGAUGCAAAACAAUAUUGUGAUGCUUUUGACAUUAAAGAUAGAUGAAAUGGCAGAUGGCUGGGAGGACAUGGUGAAAACUGAGGACAUAAAAACAUCUGUUGACUUUAUCUCUGGAGAAGUGAAAAACCCUCAAAAGUGACAUAAAGAAGGUGGAAGUUAUCUGCCAGGAAAAUGAAAAGAAGGUGGCUGAGCAAAAGGUGAAUGAGGCGGAGCGAUGCCAGCGCAGGUGGAACCUGAGGAUCCAUUGAAUUCCAGAGCGGGCGGGUGAGGACAUCAAACGCAGAGUUGUUGACAUCUGUGGAGCUGUCUUUCCCGAAUCAAAAGCCACAUUUCCAGAAAAUGUGGAUAUCGUUCAUGUUUGGAAGACCCAAAGAUCAAGACAAGUCCAAGGACAACCAUCAUCCGGUUCACCAACAGAUCUACACGGGAUCUUCUCUGGAGGCGAGCAAAGAACUGUGAGUUCCUUAUCAAGCAAAAAUUGAGGUUCACGGAGGAUCUGACCUCUGCAUACAAAGUGACACGGGAGAAAUUGUGGCAGAUGGUGGCUGCAGCUCGAAAGGCAGGGAAAACUGCAUUAUUUUGUCUGUGCAAAAAGUGAUCAUUGAUGGGAAAGAAAUACGGCCAAAUCAGAACAUUUGAGAGCGAGCCAGAGUCUUAACUCGGACAGAACUGGUACGCCUAAACACUGCCUAAUUGCAAGGUGAAAAGCAAAAAAACCUUUUUAUUGUAAAGAAUUUACACAAACACUUCAAUGAGAAAAGGUUGACCUGAACUGGUAAACUAACACUAACUAUGGGUGAAUAACUGCUUAUUGUUGUAAGGUCUACACAAUGUCUCCCCCUUGUGGGAGUAAGAAUACUUUGGUAACGUUAUGAACAGUCUUUUGAGUUACAUGUCCUUAGGAAAAGCUUACAUUAGCAUAACAAGGUUGUUGGUUGAAGUUGCUGUCUUUUAUCUCUGUUCAGUUAAUGUCGGGGGGGGGGGGGGGUAUUUGUGAUUUACUCAAAUGUAAGGCUAUUUUCCUGUAUUGUAAACGGUUUAAUGCAGACUUUUUACUUUCUACAAGGAGACUUGUGCUUGUUCUUCCGAUCUAGCUUUUUGGAGAGAAAAAAAAUCAAUGGGGUAACGAUAUCUGGUGAUCAUAUGGCAACAACCACUGCAGCUGUAGCAGUUGUAAGAGGUGCAUGUAAAGGGAAAGUCAUCAGUAGUAAGACUCAAUCCUCCGGAAGACAUUAAGGGAAGACUAAUAGAGUUAAAGGUGUAUUUCCAAAUAUCAAAAUUAUCUUGCGUGGAGAUUUUAAUUCUGUGUCUAAUGUGAGGAUUGACAGAUAUCCCCAUCCUAAUAGAUUCAGCAUUGUUAAUCCUGAGUUUAAUAAUCUAUGUCUUGGUCUUGGAUUAUUCGAUAUUUGGAGAUCUAAAUAUCCUGAUAUUUGUGAUGGCCACUCCAAUACCUUGACUUUGUUGUCCUUAAGCCAUUUUGCCACAACUUUGGAAGUAUGCUUGGGGUCAUUGUCCAUUUGGAAGACCCAUUUGCGACCAAGCUUUAACUUCCUGACUGAUGUCUUGAGAUGUUGCUUCAAUAUAUCCACAUAAUUUUCCUUCAUGAUGCCAUCUAUUUUGUGAAGUGCACCAGUCCCUCCUGCAGCAAAGCACCCACACAGCAUGAUGCUGCCACCCCCGUGCUUCACGGUUGGGAUGGUGUUCUUCGGCUUGCAAUCACCCCCUUUUCCUCCAAACAUAAUGAUGGUCAUUAUGGCCAAACAGUUCUAUUUUUGUUUUAUCAGACCAGAGGACAUUUUUCCAAAAAGUAUGAUCUUUGUCCCCAUCUGCAGUUGCAAAUCGUAGUCUGGCUUUUUUAUGACGGUUCUGGAGCAGUGGCUUCUUCCUCGCUGGGCUGCCUUUCAGGUUAUGUCGAUAUAGGACUUGUUUUACUGUGGAUAGAGAUACUUUUGUACCUGUUUCCUCCAGCACCUUCACAAGGUCCUUUGCUGUUGUUCUGGAAUUGAUUUGCACUUUUCGCACCAAAGUACGUUCAUCUCUAGGAGACAGAACGCGUCUCCUUCCUGAGCGGUAUGACGGCUGCGUGGUCCCAUGGUGUUUAUACUUGCGUACUAUUGUUUGUACAGAUGAACGUGGUACCUUCAGGCGUUUGGAAAUUGCUCCCAAGGAUGAACCAGACUUGUGGAGGUCUACAAUUUUUUUGCUGAGGUCUUGGCUGAUUUCUUUUGAUUUUCCCAUGAUGUCAAGCAAAGAGGCACUGCGUUUGAAUGUAGGCCUUGAAAUACAUCCACAGGUACACCUCCAAUUGACUCAAAUGAUGUCAAUUAGCCUAUCAGAAGCUUCUAAAGCCAUGACAAAAUUUUCUGGAAUUUUCCAAGCUGUUUAAAGGCCCAGUCAACUUAGUGUAUGUAAACUUCUGACCCACUGGAAUUGUGAUACAGUGAAUUAUAAGUGAAAUAAUCUGUCUUUAAACAAUUGUUGGAAAAAUGACUUGUGUCAUGCACAAAGUAGAUGUCCUAACCGACUUGCCAAAACUAUAGUUUGUUAACAAGACAUUUGUGGAGUGGUUGAAAAACAAGUUUUAAUGACUCCAACCUAAGUGUAUGUAAACUUCCGACUUCAACUGUAUAUAUGAAAACUCUGUCAAGAUUUUGCUAUUCCCUCUGCUAGAAAAUACUGGAAUGCAGCCCAGGACAAGUGAACUGGAACAGAGUCUUGUUGUUGUCUGGCAAAUAUUGUAUAUCUAUUAAGGUGAAAGAAGUAUCAUACGAACCUGUAAAGACCUUUUAUUGUACACAGAUUCAAAAUUGCUAUUGAUAACAAAUGUGUAUUUUGUGGUUGUGACUCUUGACCGUUUAUUUUGGGACUGUUCUUUUGUCAGAAUAUUUUAUUUUAAAAGAAACUACUAUUAAUGUUAAUUUGAAAGGCUCUGAUAUGAUGUUUUAUUUUUGAUCCAAGUGAUAUGGACCCCGAUUUAACUUUCAAUGUUAAUUUGUUUAUUUUUCAUGGAAGAUUCUUUCUCCAUGAAAUGAAGAGGGCGGAGAAUCAACCCCUCUUCACAUUGGAAUAAGAUAGAAUAGAUAGAAUUGAAACAUUAUUUUGAAAUGAUCAGUACGUGUAAAAACAAAUAAAAACUAAAACUUUUUUGAGAAAUUGAAAAUAUAUCUCGACAUGUAAUACCUCUUCCUGUCUGUUAGGUUUAUGUAUUAUUUUUGUUUUAUUGUUCAUAAAAUAUAAAAAAUAUAUAUAUUAUAAUUAUUCCACAAUACUGAGGAAGGAUCAGCUCCUAGAAAGAUAUCACCUAUGAGGCAGCUCAUUCUAAUGCCUAUAAUAACGCACUAAAUCACAGAUUUGGCACAUUGUACACCUGUUGUUACACAUCAUGAAGUAUAUUGAGACAAAUUACAGACAGUAACCUACAGGUAGGAAAAUUAAACAAAAUUGAUUGAACAUGAAAUGUUUUUCAAUACGGUUGAAAUAGGCCUAUAGCCUACUGUAUUUAUAUUUUAAUGCGGUCAUCUCGGUUUUCAUUUGAAGCAUCUUUUUAUACGUCGCUUGUUUGUUCGUAUCAAUUGCAAAGACAUUGGCAACUUUGUAUUUGUAGUCAACUUUGUUCUGAAGUUAUCGGUGGUCGCAGAGGCGGAUAAAACAUGUGAUUCUAUGUUUAGCUGUGAUCUUCUGUGUAUAAAGUGACGCGGGGGGGGGGCAAAAAAGAAUCUAACGACACACUUAACUGUUCUACGAGUGGUAUGAAAAAUGUAUGCACUCACUAACUGUAAGUCGCUCUGGAUAAAGGCGUCUGCUAAAAUGACUAAAAUGUAAAUGUCUGAGGCAGGCGUUAGAUUACGUGCGUUUUCAAGUGCAACGUUAAUAACGACGGUUUUGGGAAACAGCUCGAAGAUUUAACGAUUGCUCAUACAAAGGUUCUAAUGAUGAACUUAGCCUUAAGAUGCUUUUGGGAAACUUGGCCCUGGCUAGUAAAACAAAUGUGAUGGGUUAAUUCAUCAUGGCAUGUUGUCUAGCAACACAUUUCUCCCAUCCAAUAUUUAGGUCAUCUAAACCUAUGAAUGUCCUGUUUUUUCAGGGUUUGGGAACAGAGUGUGGGUGAACCCAGCUCCGAGGUCUGGAGGAGGAAACUACGUCCAGCCGUCAUCCUUCUCCUCCCAGCAGGGUGGGGAUGACUGGGGAGGGGGAGGAAGAGGAGGGGGAGGUGGGGGCAACAACAACUGGGGUCCUGGAGGAGGAGGAAGAGGAGGAGGAGGAGGAGGAGGAAGGGACAGUGAAGUCAAGAGCUCCAAUUUCAGUUUUGCAGCCUCCUCUCCAAACCAAAACAGAUUUUCUGCCUUGAGCACUGGAGAAGAUGAAGACAAUGGAAAACAUUUGUAAGUGACUGGUUGGGUGGAUACAGUUUCCACAUACAACACACACACAUAGUUAGUCCCUGACAAAGUCUGUAAAUGUAAUAGCCGGUUAAUCAGAAUGUCUUCUCUCCUCACCAGGGAGACCAUCCAGAAGGAUAUGGAGAUCUGGGAGACUUCAGGCCAGUGGCUUUUCUCCUGUUACUCUGUCCUCAAAGCAACCAUCUCAGGUAAGACCAAAACAGAACUGCUUAGCUUUGAUCCAUCCCACUAUGGGAACAGAUUGAUGAUGUCAGCGCCAUAUACAUGGGGCCGGACACAGCUGUGGAGGAGGAUUUGGAGGGAGUGGUUUCGGGAGUGCAGCGCCGGUUGCUGCACGUGGGUAGGGUUUUGGGGCUAUGGUAGCAGGGACAGAAGGACGACUGUGGACUGGGGGGGGGGGCAAGCAGAAACCCGUCUCUUCACCCCCAAGAGCCCAGCUGAGUGAAGAGGACCUGAAGGAGUUUUGGAGGGAAGAUGUUCACCCCUGGGGCCAGAUUACCACUCAGACCAAAUCCCCGCCUGUUUGAUAUGCUGGUGGUCUUGAAGCCCACCGUGGACAUCGUGCAAAAAAUGGCUUGUCUCCUUUUCUUUAACGGACCUGAUGGGAAAGAGCUGGACUGAAUGUCUCUGAACCCAUUUUGAUGAGUAAAAACCCUUAUGUCCCCCCCCCCCCAUCCUUGAUGUAAUCACUGACCUGACUAGUUUCUACUGAUACAAUCAAUCGAAUGGAUUCUGAAUGAUGUCAUGUUUCCAACCAAGAGGGUGUUUCUGGUAAUACUGCCUUGCCAUCUGGUUGAAAUGUUUCCUUUGUAAAAUGGAGGACGAGCAGAAUGACAACAUGAUCAUAGUCAGACUCCUGGAGGUCUACAGGGACUCAAUAUUUCAACAUUAAAAUAAGUGGGGUUUCAAUUAUGGUUGGUGGUAUUUUUGCUUUGCAUAGAUUUUUUAAAAUAAUGAUGGGCUGUUGCUUUCAUCUCAUUCCGUUUUUUUCCCCCAGAUGUAAACUCAGCAAAAAAAGAAACGUCCCUUUUUCAGGACCCUGUCUUUCAAAGAUAAUUCGUAAAAAUCCAAAUAACUUCACAGAACUUCACUGUAAAGGGUUUAAACACUGUUUCCCAUGCUUGUUCAAUGAACCAUAAACAAUUAAUGAACAUGCACCUGUGGUACGGUCGUUAAGUCACUAACAGCUUACAGACGGUAGGCAAUUAAGGUCACAGUUAUGAAAACUUAGGACACUAAAGAGGCCUUUCUACUGAUUCUGAAAAACACCAGAAAGAAAGAUGCCCAGGGUCCCUGCUCAUCUGCGUGAACAUGCCUUAGGCAUGCUGCAAGGAGGCAUGAGGACUGCAGAUGUGGCCAGGGCAAUAAAUUGCAAUGUCUGUACUGUGAGACGCCUAAGACAGCGCUACAGGGAGACAGGACGGACAGCUGAUCGUCCUCGCAGUGGCAGACCAUGUGUAACAACACCUGCACAGGAUCGGUACAUCUGAACAUCACACCUGCGGGACAGGUACAGGAUGGCAACAACAACUGCCCGAGUUACACCAGGAACGCACAAUCCCUCCAUCAGUGCUCAGACUGUCCGCAGUAGGCUGAGAGAGGCUGGACUGAGGGCUUGUAGGCCUGUUGUAAGGCAGGUCCUCACCAGACAUCACCAGCAACAACGUCGCCUAUGGGCACAAACCCACCGUCGCUGGACCAGACAGGACUGGCAAAAAGUGCUCUUCAAUGACGAGUCGCGGUUUUGUCUCACCAGGGGUGAUGGUCGGGUUCACAAUGCCACCAGCCGUACUGCUCGUUCUCUGCGUGAUUUCCUGCAAGACAGGAAUGUCAGUGUUCUGCCAUGGCCAGCGAAGAGCCCGGAGCUCAAUCCCAUUGAGCAUAUCUGGGACCUGUUGGAUCGGAGGGUGAGGGCUAGGGCCAUUCCCCCCAGAAAUGUCCGGGAACUUGCAGAUGCCUUGGUGGAAGAGUGGGGUAACAUCUCACAGCAAGAACUGGCAAAUCUGGUGCAGUCCAUGAGGAGGAGAUGCACUGCAGUACUUAAUGCAGCUGGUGGCCACACCAGAUACUGACUGUUACUUUUGAUUUUGAUCCCCCCCUUUGUUCAGGGACACAUUAGUCAAUUUCUGUUAGUCACAUGUCUGUGGAACUUGUUCAGUUUAUGUCUCAGUUGUUGAAUGUUAUGUUCAUACAAAUAUUUCCACGUUAAGUUUGCUGAAAAUAAACGCAGUUGACAGUGUGAGGACGUUACUUUUUUUUGCUGAGUUUAUAUUGUAUGAAUGAUUUUUUGUUUUGUCAUUCAUUAAAUGAACACUGUCUAUGAUUUCAGCUCACAAGAACAUGAAAACGUGGACAGUAGCAUUUGUUUACUUGGAUCCCUGUUGGCUUUUUCAGAAGCAGCAGCUAUUCUUCCUGGGGUCCACAUAAAACACAUGACAAGGAACACAACACUGACAGACAAGGACAGUCACACACAUUUAAAAUACAAUAAUAUACAAACAAAUAAUACAAACAAUACAACUAAAUAAUAAUGUGUGUGUGUGUGUGUGUGUGUGUGUUACUGUGUGUGUGUGUAUGUGUGUCCUCACGGUCCUCGCCGUUCCAUGAGGUGUUGUUUAAUCUAUUGUUUUAAUGGUCAUUUUGCUGUUUGCUUGAGGAAUUGGAGAGUUCAAUGCGAUCAUGGCUCUGUAUAUUACUGUGCGUUGGGGCCUGUGAAGAGACUCUGAGUAUAUUGAAUGGAUGUGGAGGGCAUUGAACCCUGUCCUCUCCUUUGGUGCAGGGUUUACAGAGCUCUCUCCAGAGGAGCUGAGACAGGAGUAUUACAACACCAAGCCAUCUGGAGACCUGCAGGGAUAUGUGAGUAGAAUCACAUCCACAUCCCUCUAUCUGCGUGAACACGGUAUAAUGAAGACGAAGCCAUCUGCUCUGGAGUUCAAUACAAUGUGGUCCUCUGUAGCUCAGCUGGUAGAGCACGGCGCUUGUAACGCCCAGGGUAGUGGGUUCGAUCCCCGGGACCACCCAUAUGUAAAAAUGUAUGCGCACAUGACUGUAAGUCACUUUGGAUAAAAAGCAUCUGCUAAAUGGCAUAUUAUUAUUAUUAUUAUUAAUAUUACAAUGAAGAACAUACUUUAUUGAUCCACAUGAGACAGACAUUUUGUCUUCUACUUUUACCCAACCCCUUCGAUAUACACACACACACAUUAUGUAGGAGAGGCUGUAGCAGUCGGCUGCCCAAUGACUAGUUUAGGGGGUUAAGUUCCUUGCUUCUAACUUAAGGACAGUGAUUCCAGAGUGUAUAGCCAUUUCGUCCAUGUGUGUCUGUAUCCUAAGGUGAAUGCACCAAUUUGUAAGUCGCUCUGGAUAAGAGCGUCUGCUAAAUGACGUAAAUGUAUGUCUUUAUUGUCUGAGAAAUGAAUUCCAAUCAAUACUAACAAUCUUCUGUAUGUCUGUAGGCUAAUGUCGUCAAUCAGCUGCUCAACCAAUGGAGAAGCAGAGUCCAGGAGCUGAGGGCUAUGAGCGGCAACACCAGAGUCGCUAUGGUGACACACACAUACACACACACACACACACACACUUCUUUCUGUAGUAAUAUGACAAGAAAAAUACAAAGCCAUAUAUGUACAAGGCAUGUAAUCCUAUCUCCUCUCUCCCAGCUUGCAGAGCUCGACAACCCAGCACCACAGGCAGCGUCUGGAGGUUUUGGGUCGACACCAGUGACCGGCUUUGGGUCCUCAGCUCCAUCAGGUUUUGGGUCCUCAGCUCCAUCAGGUUUUGGGUCCUCAGCUCCAUCAGGUUUUGGGUCCUCAGCUCCAUCAGGUUUUGGGUCCUCAGCUCCAUCAGGUUUUGGAUCCUCAGCACCAUCAGGUUUUGGAUCCUCACCACCAUCAGGUUUUGGGUCCUCAGCACCAUCAGGUUUUGGAGCAGGUAAGAUCUGCUGUAACCUGAUGAGACCCUCUGUAACUCCUAUGUUGAGUGGAUGAGACCCUCUGUAACUCCUAUGUUGAGUGGAUGAGACCCUCUGUAACUCCUAUGUUGAGUGGAUGAGACCCCCUGUAACUCUCUGUUGACUGGAUGAGAACCCUCUGUAACUCCUAUGUUGACUGGAUGAGACCCUCUGUAACUAUGUUGACUGGAUUGAGACCCUCUGUAACUCCUAUGUUGACUGGAUGAGACCCUCUGUAACUCCUAUGUUGACUGGAUGAGACCCUCUGUAACUCCUAUGUUGACUGGAUGAGACCCUCUGUAACUCCUAUGUUGACUGGAUGAGACCCUCUGUAACUCCUAUGUUGACUGGAUAAGACCCUCUGUAACUCCUAUGUUUGACUGGAUGAAGACCCUCUGUAACUCCUAUGUUGACUGGAUGAGACCCUCUGUAACUCCUAUGUUUGAGUGGAUAAGACCCCUCUGUAACUCCUAUGUUUGACUGGAUGAGACCCUCUGUAACUCCUAUGUGAACUGGAUGAGACCCUCUGUAACUCCUAUUGUUGACUGGAUGAGAACCCUCUGUAACUCCUAUGUUGAGUGGAUGAGACCCUCUGUAACCUCCUAUGUUGACUGGAUGAGACCCUCUGUAACUCCUAUGUGACUGGAUGAGACCCUCUGUAACUCCUAUGUUGACUGGAUGAGACCCUCUGUAACUCCUAUGUUGACUGGAUGAGACCCUCUGUAACUCCUAUGUUGACUGGAUAAGACCCUCUGUAACUCCUAUGUUGACUGGAUAAGACCCUCUGUAACUCCUAUGUUGACUGGAUGAGACCCUCUGUAACUCCUAUGUUGACUGGAUGAGACCCUCUGUAACUCCUAUGUUGACUGGAUGAGACCCUCUGUAACUCCUAUGUUGAGUGGAUGAGACCCUCUGUAACUCCUAUGUUGACUGGAUGAGACCCUCUGUAACUCCUAUGUUGACUGGAUGAGACCCUCUGUAACUCCUAUGUUGGCUGGAUAAAGACGUCAGCAUGCUUCGGUUCGGCUUCGGAACCCAACGGCUCGCAUCCUCCCUUAAAAGACCUUCGCUUGAAAAAAGAGACAAAAAGCAAUAGUACUGUUUGUCCAUCUUGAGACGCCGUAGCCAGUAUACACUUCCUCAAAAUUGUCAAUUAAGAAAUCUGUCAUUAACUUUGACGUUUUUGCCGAGGAGAUCUUAGUUGCGCAAUUUUACAUCUAACUAAGAUGUUUGGUGCAGUAUUUCUCAAUCGAAUUGUGCAUGAAAACGAUUCAUCGCUCAUUGAAUGACAACAAACACUUCAUUUAAGAAUCCCUACUGUUGACCAAUCACCGACCAAAGUAUUUACUUGCACACUUAAUUGACUUCAUUCCUAUGUUUAUAUUUACAUUUUAGUAAUUUAGCAGACGCUCUUAUCCAGAGCAACUUACAGGAGCCAUUAGGGUUAAGUGCCUUGCUCAAGGGCACAUCGAAAGAUUUUUCACCUAGUCGGCUCGGGAAUUAGAACCAGCGACCUUUCGGUUACAGGCACAACGCUCUUAACCACUAAGCUACCUGCCGCCCAAGACGAGACAUAUGUUGAACAUAGGAACGAAGAAGAUUAAGAAACUAUGUUGGACAUGAGGUUUCCAUGAGAAAGUGCCACUGUUUGUACCUGAAACGAUAAUAGUAGUCUAUUACGUUAUAUUUAAAAAACAGAAUUGUCACAUACACCAGAUAGGUGCAGUGAAAUGUGUUGUUUUACAGGGUCAGCCAUAGUAGUACGGCGCCCCCUGGAGCAAAUUAGGGUUAAGUGCCUUGCUCAAGGACACAGACAGAUUUUUCACCUUGUUGGCUCGGGUAUUCGAACCAGCAACCUUUCGGAUUCUGACCCAACGCUCUAACCGCUAGGCUACCUGCCAGCCAAGGAGGAUGAUAUCUCUCUGGUACUUCUCUCAAUCUAAAGCUGUACUCUCUCUCCUCUCCCUAGGCGUGCCAGCCCAGGAGGAUGAUAUCUCUCUGGUACUUCUCUCAAUCUAAAGCUGUACUCUCUCUCCUCUCCCUAGGCGUGCCAGCCCAGGCCCCAGGUGCCAGCAGUUUCAGCUUUGGUUCUGCUGCUCCCCUGCCUGCAGCUUCUGGUUUGGGCAGUGCUUUGGCAGGCACCGCCCCUGCUCCCGCUGGGGUCGGCUCUACGGCCACCGCUGCUCCCUCGGCAGCAGGUUUCUCCUUUGCCACCCCUGCUGCCAACAAAGACCCAACUACUGCCGGUUUCGGAGCUCCUGCUUCAGGGUUUGGAGCGCCUGCCUCUGCUUCCGGGUUCAGCUUCGCCUCGAUGACCACUGGUGGAGGAGGAUUUGGAGGGAGUGGUUUCGGGAGUGCAGCGCCGGUGGCUGCAAGUGGAGGGUUUGGGGCUAUGGUAGCAGGGACAGGGACGACUGGGACUGGGGGGGGGGCAGCAGACAGUCUCUUCACCCCCAAGAGCCAGCUGAGUGAAGAGGACCUGAAGGAGUUUGGAGGGAAGAGGUUCACCCUGGGGCAGAUACCACUCAGACCUCCCCCUGUUGAUAUGCUGGUGGUCUGA